AUGAGCUUUAUUGCCAACUUUCUACUCACAUAUCGCUCAUUCUGUACAAGUGACGAGUUUCUUGGCCUGCUUGAGCAACGUUACAAUCUUCUCGCUCCAGAAGGGUUGACGCCCGAGGAGCUUGAGACAUGGACUGAACGCAAACAGAAGCUUGUUCGACUACGCGUGUUUAAUGUGAUGAAGAACUGGCUCGAAAAUUAUUAUACUGACGAAGACGAACCAAUCCUCGCCCGUCUUGAAUUCUUCACUAAUACAGUAAUUCGCGAUGCCUCCUCUUUUUCGGCUGACCAACUCAAUAGACUGAUCCGUAAGCGCCGCGAGCUCGAUCCAAAUAAAAAUCUUAAGAAGCUCGUUCCAAACAACGCUGCUGGUCCUACGUCGAUCAUGCCUAAAAAUAUAACGGAUAUCAAGAUGCUUGAAAUUGAUCCAUUAGAAAUGGCCCGUCAACUCAGCAUAAGAGAUUUCAAGUUGUACAGCAGUAUCUUACCCAUUGAGUGUCUUGGUCAAGGAUGGUCCAGAGAUGAUAAUGAUAGUAAUGCGGCUACAAAUGUAAAACAAUCUAUUGAUUACUGCAACAGACUCACGGCCUGGGCAACCGAAAGUAUUCUUGUUCACGAAGAACCCAAGAGACGAGUUGUGAUCAUUAAAUAUUGGGUCCAAGUAGCCAACCAUUGUCGUAUUCUAAACAACUAUAACACUUGCAUGGCAAUCCUAUCCGCAUUUGAUAAUAGUGCUAUCGGACGUCUGCGUAAGACCUGGGAGCUGGUUGGAAAUCGUACAAACCAAACAUUAGGUUAUAUUCGUAAAUUAAUGGGUGCCAAUCGCAAUUUUGUGGAGUACCGUGAGAUGAUCCAUUCAGUCAAUCCUCCCUGUAUUCCAUUCCUUGGGAUCUAUCUCCAAGAUCUUACGUUUAUUGAAGACGGAAAUCCUGACUACCUUAAGAAAUCUUCAAAUUUGAUCAACUUUGCCAAAAAACAAAAGGCUGCUGAAGUCAUCCGUGAACUCAAGCAGUUCCAAACCCCACCCUACACCUUCCGUCUUAUCCCCGAACUCCAGGAUUUCAUCAAAACACGCCUUGAAAAUAGUCAUGAUAUUGAACAACUCUAUGAACGAUCCGUACGACUCGAGCCGCGCAAUGUGGAACCUACAGUUUAA